AUGUUUGGUGACAGCUCACCGUUUCGUUAUGCUGAACUACCGGGCGUUGCCGACCUGAGAGCAGUCAGUUACUCGAUGUCGAUAUUCAGUACACGCGAGAUGUCAAGUCCCAAAGAAUAUGGGAACAACGACGAAUGGACGGGAUCUGAACGAUCUCAUGCUGUAGAAGUUAGGCAGAGCUGUAUUCAAGGAAUAUGCACCUCGACGAAGAUGCGGGUGACUGAUAAUAGCAGCCCGUCGACUGAGUUACGACCGAAUCAACUUCGUGGUAAUUCACGCUAA